UGCUGUACGACCUUGUGGAGGGGAGGGUGUGUUGCCCUUUGGUGCUGACGCGUGUGUGGUUACUGUGUACUUUGGAUAAUGUAAGGAAUAGUUGAUAUGUUUGAAUAAUUUAGAGGAGAAAGAUCAGUGCUCUGGAGUGGAAGGAAUCGUAGGUGUGCGUGAAGUGAGAUAUUGGAGCGUGAGUUCACAGCAUGGCGGUGUCGGUGGGCGAGAGGAGGCAAGCGUCUCAGCGGCUUACAGCUGCACCCUCCUCCUCCUCCUCCAGGCUGCUGCUGCUGCUGCUGCUGGGGGCCACGCUGUGUGCGGCCCAGAUGACCGGAGGUGGUAUAGGAGGGCGAAGCGGGACACGGCCUGGCCCGGGGCGGGUGGAGCACAUCUCAGACCACGACAUGCUCCCUCGCCACGACCGCUGCGAGCCCAUCACCAUCAGGCUGUGUAAGGACAUCCAGUACAACACCACCAUCAUGCCCAACCUGCUCAACCACAACACGCAGGAGGAGGCCGGCAUGGAGGUCCACCAGUUCUUCCCGCUGGUGAAGGUCCAGUGUUCCCAGGACCUGCAUUUCUUCUUGUGUAGUGUGUACGUGCCUGUGUGUACCAUCCUUGACCGGCCGCUGCCGCCGUGUCGGCAUCUGUGUCUGUCUGCUAAGGACGGCUGCGAGGACCUUAUGAACAAGUUCGGGUUCCAGUGGCCCGAGUCACUGGAUUGCAACAAGUUCCCGGCCGGGCCCCACGAGGAACUGUGUGUGGGGGAGAACAGCACCUCUCCGCCUGCCUCCUCCUUCCCCGUGCCAGAUCCCGAGCCUCGGCCUCCCAUAGGGCCGCAGUACGCCGGCAAGGAUUUCCAGUGCCCGGCACACUUCAAAGUACCGAAGCAGCAGGAGUACAAGCUGUGGGUGGGGGGAGUGGAGUCAGACGACUGUGGCGCGCCCUGCAAUGGCAUGUUCUUCAACGAGGACGAACUGAAGUUUUCGAGGCACUGGGUGGGAGGUUGGGCUGCCGUCUGCCUCGCCUCGACCACCUUCACCGUCGCCUCCUUCCUGGCAGACGUGCGUCGCUUCCGCUACCCGGAGCGUCCCAUCAUCUUCAUCAGCAUGUGCUACUGGUUCAUCGCUGCCACCUACGUGGUAGGCCUGGUGCAGGGCGACCGCGUUGCCUGCGACGAGCCGUGGGAUCCCCCGCAGUACCUGCCGGAGCUGCGAGAUCAGAUGGUACGCACCAUCACCCAGGGAGUGGACCGUGAGUGGUGCACCAUCGUCUUCAUGACCCUCUACUUCUUCUCGAUGGCGGCGUCAAUCUGGUGGGUGGUGUUGACCCUCACUUGGUUCUUGGCGGCGGGCCUCAAGUGGAGUCACGAGGCCAUCGAGAACAACUCUGCCUGGUUCCACUUGGCAGCUUGGGCCAUUCCGGCUAUCAAGACGAUCAUUAUCCUCGCCACCGAGAAUGUUGAAGGUAAGUCACCUUCACACUCCGUAGUUACUAUGGUCGGCAUAGUAGCUCCAUAGUAUCCUCCAAAGGAUAC